AUGGCGCAGGCCAUCCGCGACACCUACAGUGAGGAAGCGAGUUUUGCAAUCGUGGAAGAAUGGUCCUCGAAGGUGCUGGCGGACCUCGAGGCGCGCGCUACGAAUGCACACCACGCACGCCAAGGAGUGCUGGCGAAACCCUACACAGCAGACGCCGCGGAAACGGUGCCGGUCAGCGUCGUGGCGUCGUUGCGCGAGUUUCAAGGGGAGCUGCACGACAUCUACCGCGGUGCUGAGACGAUCCGCACCGUCAUUGCGUGCCGAAUUCCUGAGCUAAAGUCAGAGGACAACCUCGGGGUCGAGGUGCAGAUGGCUGUGUUGAAGAUGGUUGACUCGCUGGAAGGAAAGCUGCUUGGCUCCGGUGGUGACAAGGACGGCGGUGUGCCAUGUGUGGCAGGCAUGUACGCGACGCGCGACUACCUCACCGCCCGUGGAUCCGUGGAAGACAAGGUGCUCGGCAAGGCCGGCGACGAUGACAAGAAGACAAAGUCCGCUGCGCCGUCGGUGCUGAUGGAGCUGCAGCAGAUUGAUGCAGAUGCGCUUCUGAAGCUGGAGCUCAGUGCCAUGCAGAUCUCGACGCAGAUCCGCUCUUUCAUCAACGCCUAUGCCCUCAACUGGAAGAAGCUGAUUCAGCCGCGCUCCAAUGGAUCUGAGAAGAACAUCACCUAG